GAUUAAAGCGUGAAUGGGAGCAGCUUCCCAGCCACGAUGGAGAGAGAAGGCGGUUCAGGCUAUGGGAAUAAGGUUUCCUUCCAAAUGAGUCCCUGAAGUUCCUGCUGGCAGCUCCAGCAGUGUCCUGUAGAAGUAUCCUCUUGCUCCUGGUCUCAGCAGCCGAGGCCCCUCCAAACCUGCUUCUGCAAUGGGUGGGUUGUAAGCACUGGUAAUGAGGAGCUGUGGGUCCAGUCAGUCUUGGAGAUGCCGAAGAGACGAGACAUCCUGGCUAUCGUGCUGAUAGUUCUGCCCUGGACACUACUAAUCACCGUCUGGCACCAGAGCACCAUUGCUCCACUGCUUGCAGUGCACAAGGAUGAUGGUGGUGACUCCCGGCGUGAUCUCGCUGCAGGCUUGGACUCCAAGGAAUACUGCUUGUCGGACCGGGACAUUGUGGAGGUGGUGAGGACAGAAUAUGUUUAUACCCGCCCACCCCCGUGGUCAGACACCCUUCCCACCAUCCACGUCAUUACACCCACCUACAGCCGGCCCGUACAGAAGGCAGAGCUGACGCGCCUGGCCAACACACUCCUGCACGUGCCAAACCUGCACUGGAUCCUGGUGGAGGACUCACAGCGGCGCACGCCUCUCAUCACCCGGCUGCUGCGGGACACGGGACUGAACUAUACCCACCUGAAUGUGGAGACACCCCGCAACUACAAGCUGCGGGGAGACAUGAGGGAUCCCCGCAUUCCCCGGGGGACCAUGCAGAGGAACCUUGCCCUGAGAUGGCUGAGAGAGACCUUUAACAAAAAUAACAGCCAGCCUGGGAUUGUUUACUUUGCCGAUGAUGAUAACACCUACAGCCUGGAGCUCUUUGAGGAGAUGCGCAGCACCAGAAAAGUGUCAGUGUGGCCAGUAGCCUUCGUCGGUGGCUUGCGCUAUGAGUCACCCAAAGUGAACGCUGCAGGGAAGGUCUAUGGCUGGAAAACUGUGUUUGACCCCCAUCGCCCCUUUGCUAUAGACAUGGCGGGGUUUGCUGUGAACCUCAGACUGAUUCUCCAGCGAUCUCAGGCUUACUUCAAACUGCGAGGAGUGAAGGGAGGCUACCAAGAGAGCAGUCUGCUCCGGGAACUAGUGACCUUGAAUGACCUUGAGCCGAAAGCUGCCAAUUGCACUAAGAUUUUAGUCUGGCACACGAGGACAGAAAAGCCUGUGCUGGUGAAUGAGGGGAAGAAAGGAUUCACAGAUCCCAAUGUGGAAAUCUGACUGCAUGGCUGAGCGGAGACCAACACCUGAAGAUUUCUUCAUGCACAGCCUGCAAGGUUCCUCUCCACAGCAUACAGCCAGCCAGACGUGCAGUAGCCAGGACCUCUGCUGACUUCCAAGAGUUUUAGCGUACUGAAAACAAGCAACACUGCAUACAUAAACUACCCGGAUUCCCCUGCCCUUCCUCCUGGACUCUGAGCAGAACCAGACACUCUGGAGGUGGAGAAAAAGCACAGAAAAUACAGGACUGACAUCAACUUUAGUACAAGACCAGCUGCCUCGUGAGAUGCUCGGUUUGGGAGAAGUGCAUGCAGGGCAUGAUGCACUGAAGACACGGCCCAGCUGGAACAGUAGUCUAGACUGAGGGGGCUGUUUUACAGGACCUGAAAGCAAGGGUGAGAAUGCCCACAGGAGUGUGUUGGCCCCUGAUGACUUGUUUUUCCUGAGACACACGUACCUUGUGGCUAUGUGUGCAACAGCCUAAGCAGCUCUCUGUUCAUGGAGGGGACAGCUGCCUUCUGAGAUGGCACCUUAGCCCUUAAUUUUAAACCUACUUUAAUCAGUGUUUAUUACGCUGCACAAGACAGGAAGGUUUUGGGGGAGGGGGAGAAGCAAGGCAGGUUAGAACAAACCCAUUAAGUAUCUCUGUUCUCUUUGUAUUCCCUCUCCUUUCCCUUCAUUAGUUUCAUGGUUUGGAGGGCACCCUGACAUACCUCUGUAUUCCUGGAUGGAGUUAUGUUUACAGCAUGUGGUUCUCUAUUCAUCCAUGCUAAAAUAAUUGGAAGUGGGUUUUAAUGAGAUUGUUGUGGCCGUACACCAUACUACUUCAUCCAGGCUCAGAUCUUGGUUCUGUUUAGCUCUAAUUUGGUUCAUGUGAGCAUUAGGUGUGGGAUUCUCUGAAGGGUGCUCCUACAUAAAGCCAAAUUUCCACUCUUAAAAA